UCUUUUGCCCCCGCCAUUUAAACCUGCAGGCUCAGUAGCCAUUAGGUAUCGGGUAGAUACAGGAAACGCUUCUCCGCUAGUCACCUGACGUGCUAGCGUCCAGCAUCCAUGGCUGAUUUCUGGUUGCUGCUACUGCUCGCCGUCAGUGCAGUCUGGGUUCUUCGAGCUUGGAAAACCCGACGGUUGGGCAGCAAGGCGCGGAAGGCGGCGACGUACACGUACCCGCCGGGGCUGGAGCCGUACCCGCUGAUCGGCCACCUGCCGCAGUACCUGGCAAACCGGCACCGCGUGCUGGACUGGAUGACUGAGGCGUUCGAGCGCCAGCCCACGUGCACGUUCGUGCUGCGCCGGCCGGGCGGCGUGCGGGGCGCGAUCACCGCGAACCCGGCGAACGUGGAGCACUUCCUGCGCGGCAGCUUCGACAACUACCCCAAGGGGCCCCGGUUCGCGUCGCUGCUCCACGACUUCCUCGGCCGGGGCAUCUUCAACGCCGACGGCGAGGCCUGGCGCGUGCAGCGGAAGGUGGCCAGCCACGAGUUCAACACGCGCUCGCUCCGCGCCUUCGUGGCGCGCUGCGUGCACGCCGAGCUGCACGGCCGCCUCCUGCCGCUGCUGCGCCGCGCCGCGGCGUCCGGCGCCCGCCUCGACCUCCAGGACGUGCUCGAGCGGUUCGCGUUCGACAACAUCUGCCGCGUCGCGUUCGACCACGACCCGCGCCAGCUCACGGACGGCGGCGACGGCACGGCGGACGGCGGCUUCGCGGACGCGUUCCGCGACGCCGCGAAUCUCAGCGCGGGCCGGUUCCGGUACGCCGUCCCGGGGUUUUGGAAGAUCAAGAAGGUGCUGAACGUGGGGUCCGAGCGGCGGCUGCGCGAGUCCAUCGCCAUGGUGCACGACUUCGCAGAUCGCAUAAUCCAGUCUCGCCGGGAGGAGAUGCUGAGGGACGGCUUCGAGAAGCACGACCUCCUGUCGCGGUUCAUGGCGAGCCAGGACGAGACCUACUCCGAGUCCGAGGUGCCCCUCCGCGACGUCGUGAUCAGCUUCCUACUGGCCGGGCGGGAGACCACGUCCUCGGCGCUCACCUGGUUCUUCUGGCUGCUCUCCUCUCGUCCCGACGUGCAGCGCCGCAUCCGCGACGAGGUCGCCGCGGUGCGCGCCCGGCGUGCACGGGGCGACGACGUCGUCGGCUUCGACCUGGACGAGCUUCGCGAGAUGCACUAUGUGCACGCGGCCAUCACUGAGUCGAUGCGGCUGUACCCGCCGGUGCCACUGAACUCGCUGCGGGCGGAGACGGACGACGUCCUGCCCGACGGCACGGCCGUGCAGGCCGGGUGGUUCGUGGCGUACAAUUCGUACGGGAUGGGGCGGAUGGAGUCGAUCUGGGGCCACGACGCGCGGGAGUACCGGCCGGAGCGUUGGCUGAACCCCGCCGACGGGACGUUCCGGCCGGACAGCCCGUUCCGGUUCGUGGCGUUCCACGCGGGGCCGAGGCUGUGCCUGGGCAAGGAGAUGGCCUACAUCCAGAUGAAGUCCAUUGUGGCGUCCGUCCUCGAGGAGCUCGACGUGGCCGUCGACGGCGCGUACCGCCCCGGGCAGGUCGCGUCGCUGACGCUGCGGAUGGCGGACGGGCUCCCCGUGACCGUGAAGGCGAGCCGAAACUUCUGAGCUCAGUCUCUGCAGACAUGUGUCUGUCGAAGUGAAGGAGUUGCAGCUGACAAGCUAUCGACAUUGGCAGUUUGUUAUCGUCUGUACCCGGUACACUGUUGGUGUGUUGCGUUUUGGAAUCCCCUGCAUGCUGGGCACUGAAAUUCCUAUAUAGGAGUUUGAUUCAAAUAAACCAUCUAUAUAUGGGAGGAAA